GUUGUCGCGCCCGUGACCCUCAGGCGCGACGGCCCGCGGGACAACAUGGCGGGGGAGUCGAGCCUCCUGCUGCUCAUGUCCCUCCUGCUCGGCCCGGCCUGUUCGUACAUGGCCGGCCCGCUGGUCCUCAACACUUGGCCCUUUAGGAACGCGACCGAAGCAGCAUGGAGGACCUUAGCAUUUGGAGGGUCUGCUCUGGAUGCGGUUGAGAAAGGCUGUGCCAUGUGUGAGGAGGAACAGUGUGACGGCACCGUGGGUUUUGGAGGAAGUCCUGACGAAUUUGGGGAAACCACACUGGAUGCCAUGAUCAUGGAUGGCACUACUAUGAAUGUAGGAGCAGUAGGAGGUCUCAGACGCAUUAAAAAUGCUAUUGGUGUGGCACGGAAAGUACUGGAACAUACAACACAUACACUUUUAGUAGGCGAAUCAGCCACCAAGUUUGCCGAAAGCAUGGGGUUUAUCAAUGAGGAUUUAUCUACCAGUACUUCUGAAACUCUUUAUUCACAUUGGCAUGCCGGGAAUUGCCAGCCAAAUUAUUGGAGGAAUGUCAUACCAGAUGCUUCAAAAUACUGUGGACCCUACAAACCACCUAAUACCUUAAUGCAAUAUGGUCCUACCUACAAGGAAACACGGGAUACCCAUGGUCAUGACACUAUUGGGAUGGUUGUCGUCCUUCAGACAGGACAUACAGCUGCUGGUACAUCUACAAAUGGUUUAAAAUUCAAAAUACCUGGCCGAGUAGGAGACUCCCCGAUCCCUGGAGCCGGAGCCUAUGCUGAUGACACCGCCGGGGCAGCCGCAGCCACCGGCGAUGGGGAUAUCCUGCUGCGCUUUCUCCCGAGCUACCAAGCUGUAGAAUAUAUGAGAGGUGGACAAGAUCCAACUAUAGCCUGCCAAAAUGUGAUUUCAAGAAUUCAGAAGUAUUUUCCAUUGUUCUUCGGAGCUGUUAUAUGUGCCAAUGUGACUGGAAGUUAUGGUGCUGCUUGCAAUAAACUUCCAACAUUUACUCAGUUUAGUUUCAUGGUUUAUAAUUCGCAAAAAAUCCAGCCAACUGAGGAAAAAGUAGACUGCAUCUAAUCCAUCUUUUCUGUCAGCGUCUAUAUUUAAA